UGAUGAUUCUAACAGUAUUGCUUGGGUUGUUUUAAGAGACUCAAAGCAUCAAAUUUCAAGUUCAAAGACAUUUAACUAUUAUGGAUCCCAUUCAUGAUAUUCAUCAAGUAGAAUACAGAAUUCAAAUGCAAUUUGGAUCUUUGAAAUAACCGAUGGAGUUGAUUAUUGAUACUGGGUCUUCUGAUUUAUGGGUCCCAUCAAUAGAUUCAAAAGGAUUUCUUAAUAAUGGUAAUAAUAAUAGAAUCUAAAAGUAGUCAAUCGAUAUGAUUGUAAAGCAAGUUCAACUUGUAUUAAUACUGAUUCUCGUUACUCAAUUUUCUAUGAUGAUGGUCCAAUUUCAGGUACAUUAGCUUGGGAUUAAGUGUGGAUGCAUAAUAUCAAAUUUAAUUAGUCCUUUCUAUUGAUUGAAAGAGCAAGUGGAAAUAUGGCAUCUAGUGGUGGUAUUUUAGGACUUGGAUUCCAUUCAAAUGCUGCUAAUCAAAACCCAUCUAUCCUAGAAUCCCUUUACUAAUAAAAACUUAUAUCUAAAAAAUACUUCUCAUUGUAUUUAAAAGAUGAAGGUGAAUUUGGUAGCUAUAUUCUCUUUGGAGGAAUUGAUAUGUAAUUUGUAUAAAAGGAUCAAAAGAUAUCAUAUGUGCCUUUAAAAUCUGAUUAUUAAUAUCUUAUAGGAAUAGAAGGAAUGUCAAUUGAUGAUGAAUUGUUUUCUAUAACAACAGCUCUUGUUGACAGUGGAACUAGUUGUCUUACUGUUCCUGCAGUUGCAAUGGAUGAUAUGUUGUAAGUUUUUGCAGCCAAAGGAGUAGAAUGUUCAUACAGAGUUGAAAAUUAUGCACCAUCAUAUUGCACUGUACAUUGUUUUGUAAAUGCUACAAAUGAAUAAGGAAUUAUAGAUUCAUUUCCUAUUAUAAAAAUAAGAGUAAAUAGUUCCUUAGAAUUACUCUUGAAUCCAUAAGACUAUCUUUAUUGUAUAAAUUUAAUUUAUAUUUUAAUAGCUUGUACAAUAUUAGAUGGCAGUUAAUCUAAAUGUAAUACAAAAUUAGAAAGAUCAUAGAUAGAUGACUUUUUAUUAUUAGGUGAUGCUUUUUUACAUAGUUAUUAUACUGUGUUUGAUCAAACUGAUAAGUAAAUAGGAUUUGCACAUUCAAUAAAUAAUAAGGGUUUAAAACUGCAUGUUAAAACAAGACACCUAGUUAGUUAUGCUCAUAUGCUUAUUUUAUAUAUAGGAUUGUUAUUAUUUAUUUGA